GCGAGAGCCCGGCCUGCGAUCUUGUGGCCGCCCCCUGUUCCCGACCUCCAGACUGCGCUGCAGCGUCAGCUUCACUCUGUCUCGGUCUUCUCUCGCCGGCGCUCCCGGCUUUGCCGCCUUCCACCUUCUGCCCGGCCUAGGCCGCAGCCCCGGGCCCGGUUCGCGCUGCCCCCUAUGGGCCCCGGCUGAGGUGCCGCCGCCGGCCGCAGAGCCCUGAUGCUGGCCCGGAGGAAGCCGGUGUUACCGGCGCUCACCAUCAACCCUACCAUCGCUGAGGGCCCGUCCCCUACCAGCGAGGGCGCCUCCGAGGCACACCUGGUGGACCUCCAGAAGAAGUUGGAAGAGCUGGACCUGGAUGAACAGCAGAGGAAGCGGCUGGAGGCCUUCCUUACCCAGAAGGCCAAGGUUGGUGAGCUCAAGGACGACGACUUUGAGAGAAUCUCAGAACUGGGUGCAGGCAAUGGCGGCGUGGUCACAAAGGCCCGGCAUAGGCCCUCCGGCCUCAUCAUGGCCAGAAAGCUGAUCCACCUGGAGAUCAAGCCAGCUGUCCGCAACCAGAUCAUCCGGGAGCUGCAGGUGCUGCAUGAGUGCAACUCGCCAUACAUCGUGGGCUUUUACGGGGCCUUCUACAGCGAUGGCGAGAUCAGCAUCUGCAUGGAGCACAUGGACGGUGGCUCACUGGACCAGGUACUGAAGGAGGCCAAGCGCAUUCCUGAGGACAUCUUAGGGAAGGUCAGCAUUGCGGUGCUCCGGGGCCUGGCGUACCUCCGCGAGAAGCACCAGAUCAUGCAUAGAGAUGUGAAGCCCUCCAACAUUCUGGUGAACUCUCGUGGAGAGAUUAAGCUGUGCGACUUCGGAGUGAGCGGCCAGUUGAUUGACUCCAUGGCCAACUCAUUUGUAGGGACACGCUCCUACAUGUCCCCAGAACGGCUGCAGGGCACCCACUACUCUGUGCAGUCGGACAUCUGGAGCAUGGGGCUGUCGCUGGUGGAGCUGGCCAUCGGGAGGUACCCCAUCCCCCCACCUGAUGCCAAGGAACUAGAGGCCAGCUUUGGCCGGCCUGUGGUGGAUGGGGCAGAUGGAGAGCCCCAUAGUGUCUCACCGCGGCCCCGGCCCCCUGGACGCCCCAUCAGUGUAGGUCAUGGGAUGGACAGCCGACCAGCCAUGGCCAUCUUUGAGCUGCUGGACUACAUAGUGAAUGAGCCACCUCCCAAGCUGCCCAGUGGUGUGUUCAGCUCAGACUUCCAGGAGUUUGUGAAUAAAUGUCUCAUUAAGAACCCAGCAGAGCGUGCAGACCUCAAGCUGCUGACGAACCAUGCCUUCAUCAAGCGCUCUGAGGGGGAGGACGUGGACUUCGCUGGCUGGCUAUGCAGAACCCUGCGGCUGAAGCAGCCCAGCACACCCACGCGUACUGCAGUGUGACAGCCAUCGCUCAGCAGUCUGUGUCCUUGUCCCUGUGGGCACAGCGGCCGCCUUUGGGGACAGCAGUGGUGUGUGUUGUGGCAGGGGACCUGUGCCUGUGCAUUUGGAAAAGCAAACAAAGUGGAGAAAGAGAGAAAACUGCUGCUGUGCUCCUG